GUUGACUGACAGCUGGCCAGACAUGUUUUGGUCUACACGUAGUCAUAUGCAUUUAUACACAUGUUGCAGCCGCUACUACUAUACUACAUGACUCCAAAUUCAAGGAUCGAGUUCCUGUUACUUCUGUGUUUGGGACAGGCGUACAUCACAGUACAUGGAGGACCAGCACUACCUGACAGACCUUUUUACAUAGUGUGGAAUGUUCCUUCUAGAAAGUGUGCCGAGAAGUUUGGUGUUGAGUUCAGUCUGGACGAGUACGAUAUCGUCUCCAACCCCGGACAGGAGUGGAAUGGAACAUACGUCACUAUAUUCUACGAAAAGAAUCUCGGACUGUCUCCGAAAAUACACGAGCAGACGGGCCAGGACAUCAAUGGCGGGAUACCUCAGAGAGCCGACAUUGACGCCCAUCUUGCCAAGGCUACAGACGACAUAUACCGACUGAUUCCUGACGCCGACUAUCAAGGUUUAGGGGUGAUCGACUUCAAACCAUGGCGGCCGCUGUGGAAGCGAAACUUGGAGUCAAAAAGCAUCUACCGUACAAAGUCAGAAGACCUCGUCAGACAAACGUCACCACAUGUUUCCGAACACGAAGUGACGUCAAUGGCGAAAGUGGCGUUUGAAGGAGCAGCGAGGGCGUGGAUGGGGAAAACUUUGAGUCUGGUUAAGACGUUACGCCCUGGAGGCUCCUGGGGGUUUUACCUAUUCCCAGAUUGUUACAAUUCCCCAAGCGAAAUUCAACUCCAACAGGGAUCAAGCUACGACUGCACGGAGGAGGUGAAAUCUGACAAUGACCGCCUACAAUGGCUGUGGGAGGAAAGCUCAGCUCUGUACCCUAACAUAUACCUCACCAACGUCUUCAAAACACUGCCCAGUUCGGAACAGUUUGUUCGCGCCCGAGUGGCCGAGACCUUCCGAGUUAUGGACGGUCGGCAAAGUUCGGCUAUCCCCGUCUACCCUUACGUGCGCCUUCGGUAUCGGGAUUCAAUGGAAUGCCUCACGAAGGCUGAUAUGGUCUCCACCAUACAAGAAGCAGCCGGGCAGGGCUCAGCGGGCGUGGUCAUUUGGGGGGCCUCGGCUGACGUCAGCUCCAAGGAGAACUGUUUAUCACUUCGGGAUUAUGUGACGACAACAUUCGGGCCACUUGCAAAGGAGAUGAUGAAACAGGCUGCAGAGUGUAGCAGGAGAGAGUGCAGCAAUAACGGCAGAUGCGUAACUGCUUACGAAAGACCGUCACUAGACGCACAAAUGAAGACCAAAAGAUUUGGCAAUGUGGACGAGGGCAUUCAAAGCGUGGUGCAGAGUACACAGGAAUCGCUAGAAGGCGCUACAAGCCAGGGACAGCAGUCCAACAAACAGUUUUUAUCAAGUGAACACGCCACCUGGUUUAGUGAGGGGCUGCAGUACCUAACAGGUCGACAGGGGACGUCGUGUCGCUGUUACCCGGGUUGGGCGGGUGAAAGAUGCAGCGUGUCUACUCACAUAGAAUCGUAACUCAAAGAUCCUUGACGUCAUCACUGUCGAGGCGAGGACUGCCAGGAAGACGACAACAAGUGAUGAUGUCAUUCUUGGGGAAUCAUCUGUGAUGAACAACAAAUUGACAAUGUAAAAAGUCAAAGGCAAACAAUAAUCGUUUUUCGUUCUUAUCGCUACCAACGUUACAUUUC